AUGGCUGGAAUCCACUUCGUGAAGUCUCAGCCUAAUACUGAUAAGCAUUCUUUGGCUGGGCAAUAUACGAUGCCCAAAGAGAUUGAAAAUAGUCUGGAAAGGGAAUCCGAAGUUGCUGACAAGGCUAAAGAAGACGAAAAAAAUUCAACUUUAAAGUAUCAAAAUAGACGAUAUAUGAGAGAUUUGGAUGGUGAGGAACUAAAGCGGAACUUGAAGGAAGAUUCGAGCCAAGAUGCAAUAGUUAAGAGGGUUAAGGUUUCAGAUAUUUCCGAUGGUUAUAGAAUCCCAGCUGUUUCUGGAAAAGAAGUCAAGGCACUGAGUAAAGAACUUGUACAGGAUGUCCCUGGUGUCAGGGAUUUGCAGUUCUUUAGACCUGCUGAUGCUCAGCACUUUGCCCCUCUUUUGGAUGGGCGCGAUGAUGCCGAAUUAACGAAAGAAGAACAGCAACAACGCCAAAUUCUAAGAUUGGUACUAAGGAUUAAAAAUGGGAUGCCUGCUAGCCGGAAGGAGGCGAUACGCACUCUAAGCGAUCGCGCCUUAGAUUUUGGAGCUCAUCCUUUGUUCAGUUGUAUCCUUCCUAUAAUACUUGACAGAAAUUUGGAAGAUCAAGAAAGACAUCUAAUGCUAAAGGCUGUAGGCCUUAUUUUGUUUAAAUUAAAUGAGUCUGUGCGCCCAUAUACUCACAAAAUUCUGAUUGUGACAACCCCUAUGCUUGUUGAUGAGGAUGAGCUUGUUCGAAAUUCUGGAAUGGGGAUUAUUUCGAACCUUUCUAGAGCUGCAGGAUUAGCCACUAUGAUUUCUACAUUGCAGCCUGAUACUACCCAUAACGAUGAGUAUAUACGAAACACUACUGCUAGAGCAAUUGCGGUGGUGGCGAAGUCAUUUGGUAUGUCGCAGUUGAUUCCAUUUAUUAGAGCAGUUUGCUACUCCAAAAGUUCAUGGAAGGCCCGUCAUACAGGAAUAAAAACUGUCCAGCAGCUGUCUGUUCUUAUGGGCAUAGGGAUAUUGCCUUAUUUGAAUGAAUUGAUAGAAUGUAUUUACCGUGGCCUUUCUGACCAACACCCUCCUGUGCGGAUAAUAGCGGCGCAAACGGUGGCAUCACUGGCCCAAAAUAGCUACCCAUAUGGGAUUGAGGCAUUCAACUGUACAUUAGAGCCAAUUUGGAAGGGCGUUAGAACUCAUAGGGGGAAGAUAUUGUCUUCAUUUUUGAAGGCAUUAGGUUAUAUUAUCCCAUUGAUGGAUUCGGAAUAUGCUGGGUACUAUACAGAAGAAGUGAUGCGGGUUGUAAAAAGGGAAUUCACAUCCCCUGAUGACGAAAUGAAGAAGACAGUUCUUCAAGUUAUUCAAAAGGUUAGCACUACUGAUGGAGUAACACCAAGAUUUUUGAGCGAGACUGUUCUUCCCCAUUUCUUCAGUAAUUUUUGGGUUAGGAGAAUAGCACUAGAUCCUCAAAUUAAUAAAAUUGUUACUUACACGACCGUUGUUCUAUCAAGUAAAGUGGGAUGUUCAUAUAUUCUAGAAAACCUUUUGUCACCUCUUCGUGAUGAAGCAGAACCAUUUAGGACCAUGGCAGCUCAUGCAAUUAACAGGAUCGUGUUAUUAACAGGAACAGUAGAUAUAGAGGAAAAUCUCGAGCGUAGAUUAGUUGAUGCUCUAUUAAUUGCUUUCCAAGAGCAAACCAAUAAUGAUCGAGUUGUUUUUAGAUGCAUCGGGACAGUCGCCAAUUCUCUUCACAAAAGAAUGAAGCAAUACUUAGGACCUAUUGUCUCUACAAUUUUGAAUAGACUAAAGCACAAAAACCAAACUGUUCGUCAAUAUGCUGCCGAAUUAUGCGGCGUACUAGUACCUGUAAUUAGUUCUUGUGGCGAAUUACAGAUGUUAAACAAGCUCAACAUAAUUUUCUUUGAGUCACUUGGUGAGGUAUAUCCAGAAGUUUUGGGGUCCAUAAUUUCAGCUAUGGAUAAGAUUACAUCUGUAGUCAGUUUCAAAUCUCUACAACCUCCGGUGAACCAAAUAUUGCCGACUUUGACCCCCAUAUUAAGAAAUAGACAUAGGAAGGUUCAAGAAAGUACAAUUACUCUCGUUGGUAGAAUUGCUAACCGUGGACCAGAGUAUGUUCCUCCAAAAGAAUGGAUGAGAAUAUGUUUCGAGUUAUUGGAACUAUUGAAAAGCCCCGCAAAAUCUAUUAGAAAGGCUGCAAACACCACUUUUGGUUAUAUUGCAAAGGCUAUUGGACCACAUGAUGUACUUGUCGCGCUACUGAAUAAUUUAAAGGUUCAAGAACGUCAGUUGCGUGUAUGUACAGCUGUGGCUAUUGGUAUUGUUGCUGAAACCUGUGCCCCGUUCACUGUUUUGCCUGCAAUAAUGAAUGAAUAUAAGAUUCCAGAUACUAAUGUUCAGAAUGGUAUAUUGAAGGCUUUGGCAUUUAUGUUUGAGUAUAUUGGUGGUAUUUCAAAAGAUUAUCUAUAUGUGAUUUCACCCUUAUUGCAAGAUGCAUUGGUGGACCGGGAUUUAGUUCACCGGCAGACAGCUUCCACCGUUGUACGACAUUUAGCAUUGGGUUGCAUGGGUCAUGGUUAUGAAGAUAUGUUUAUUCAUAUGCUAAACCUAUUAAUACCUAACAUUUUUGAAACUUCACCUCAUGCGAUUUUUAGAAUUUUAGAAUCUAUUGAAGCGUUAAGGUACGCAUUGGGUCCUUCAGUUUUCAUGAACUAUGUGUGGGCUGGGCUGUUUCAUCCGGCUAGGAAUGUCCGCAAAGUCUAUUGGCAUAUUUACAACAUUUCCUAUGUUGCACAGCUAGAUGCAAUAGUUCCAUAUUACCCUACGUCAGACGAUGACCGAUUAACUGUAACAGAACUCGAACUGGUUAUAUAG